GUUGAACUUACUUGCUUGUCAGUGUCACACUAACCAAAAAUCAUUAAAUCAUUCCAACAAUUUCAAUAAACUCUAAAUUCAUUAAUAUUUUAGUUGGUUUGAUAGAAUAGUCGAUAGCUCACUGUGUUCAUAAAAAUGGGAAACUUUAGACGGGACCUAGAAGAACUAAAGAAGUUUAGAGAUAGUAAUGAUAGAAAAAGCAGAGAAGUAGUUAAUAUUUGGAACAGUUCUAUUCAUUCCAAUGUAGACAAGCUAGGAAAAGAGAAACAUGUUGUCCUGGAACAAGUUUGCAUGGCAGCACUGGAUUCAUUUAACCUGAAAAUAGCAGAAAUUUGUAUUAAAGAGUUGUACCAAGAAUUUCCAAAUAGUUGCAGAGUACAGAUAUUAGAAUCAAUGUUGCAUGAAGCAGAUGAGAAUUUUGAUAGAGCUUUACACAUAUUAAAAAAUAUCAUCAAACUUGAUGCUACAAAUAGUUCUGCCAGGAAGAGGAAAAUCGCUAUACUUAAGUCACUUGGAAGGAAUUCUGAGGCUAUUAAGGAAUUAACAGAGUAUUUAAAAGUAUUUAUGGCUGAUAUAGAGGCAUGGCAAGAGUUGAGUGAACUGUAUUUAACUGAAUUUGAUUAUAACAAAGCAGCUUUUUGUGUUGAAGAACUUAUAUUGCACAAUCCACACAAUCAUCUACUACAUCAAAGAUACGCUGAUAUUAAGUACACCCAGGGUGGAUUGGAGAAUAUUGAAAUUGCCAGGACAUACUAUUAUCAAGCCUUAAAGCUAAAUCCCAACAAUAUGAGAGCUAUGUAUGGAAUUUACCUAACUUCUUCGGCAUUGUUAAACACCCAAAAAGCAGUAACUGGAAAGAAAAAAGAUGCAGUAAACAAACUCUUAGAUUGGAUACUAAAAGAAAUCAAGCAGAGAUAUGUUGAAAAACAACAAAUAGAUGCAUUAAAAGAAGCAGUAUCUGCAUUAGAAAUCUGAUUCAGUAUUUAUUUGAGUUUGCUUUUAAGUGUUUAAAUGUAUGUCAUGGAUGGUGUUUACAGAAUUGUUUAAAUAUGUUAUUUUUUUAAUGAAUUUUCUUUUCAAAUGCUCUCAAUAACUAGAUUUACAAGGAAUGUUCCAUAAUUUUUUAGAAAAAAGGAAGCCACAAAUUACAUUUGCAUAGUUUUUAUUUCUUUUCAGAUUAUUCUUCCUUUAUUUCAGUAUAUUCUUCCUUCAUUAAUUUAUUUCUUUUUUUUUUUAACAUUCAUUUCAUGUCUUUCAUAAUCUAUCAUUUCAUCUUUUCCCAUAUCCCAAGUUUCUUGUUUAACUGAGCAGUAUUUUUUCAUAAAUCUAGAGGGAUAAGUAUUAACAUAUGCUGGA